AUGGCUACCAGCGACCGCCGAUCGCACGAUGAGUAUACCGUCGGAUGGAUCUGCGUCUUGCCGCUUGAGAUGGCGGCUGCGAAGGUCAUGUUGGAUGAAAUCCAUGAAGACUUACCAGUGUCGUCCACUGACCAUAACACCUAUAUACUUGGACGGAUCAAAGAGCAUAAUAUUGCGAUUGCCUGCCUGCCAAGCGGUAAUUAUGGCCUUGUAUCGGCGAACUCUGUUGCGAUGCAGCUGUUGUCCAGUUUCCCGUCGAUCCGUUUCGGUCUGAUGGUGGGUAUUGGAGGAGGAGUACCAAACGACGCCGCUGAUAUCCGCCUGGGCGAUGUGGUGAUAAGCAAACCGACGGAUACAUGUGGAGGAGUGAUGCAAUAUGACUACGGCAAGGCAUUGAAUGGUGGUAAAUUUCAACAGACUGGCAUGCUCAACCGCCCGCCACAGAUCCUGCUCACGGCUUUAUCUAAAAUGCAGGCAAAUCAUCUCAUGGCGGAAAGUAAAAUAGCGGAUUUUAUUGCCGAGAUUAGGCAAAAGAUUCCCGGAUAUGCGUCUCAAUUCGCUCGACCAAGGCAGGCAGAUCGUUUAUAUCACGCUGACUACGACCACGUCGAUAUUAACUCCACGGCUUGCAAUGCUUGUGAUGCUGCUCAAAUUGUUUCGCGGCGUGCUCGAGGCCAUGACAAGCCUUUGAUCCAUUACGGAGUUAUCGCAUCGGCCAAUCAACUUGUGCGAGACAGCCAACUACGGAAUCGACUGAGCCGUGAGCUGGGAGUCUAUUGUGUGGAGAUGGAGGCCGCAGGACUAAUGAAUAAUUAUCCGUGUCUAGUCAUUCGUGGGAUUUGUGACUACGCAGAUUCCCACAAGAAUAAAGAGUGGCAGGGCUAUGCCUCUGCCGUAGCAGCAGCCUACGCCAAAGAGCUCCUUCUAUGUAUCCCGAUCAUGGAUAUAGAUCGUACGCGGUCUUUAGAGGACGCUGUGUCCGUCAGAUUCAACCUCCCCUUCAAUCUGACUGGGUUACCGGCAAUUGAAAACUUUCUAGGACGACAAAAGGAGCUAGAGCGACUAUGGCAUCACCUUCAACCGCAGAAUUCAAACUCCCGGACAGUCGCAAUCCUUCAAGGACUGGGCGGCAUUGGAAAAACCCAGCUAGCACUCCGCUUCGCCCGUGAUCACAAGGCUGACUAUACUACCAUUUUAUGGGUAAAUGGCAGGAGCCGUGGCACACUGCUGCAAUCAUUAAGCGCCAUUCUUCCUCGUUUGGCAAGCCACUCCCAGACCUUUGCGGUGACGGAUAAAGAGGAGGUGGAGCAAUAUGCUAGACAAGUAUUAAAAUGGCUCGCAUUGCCGGGCAACUCACGGUGGCUUCUGAUUUUUGACAAUGUUGACGAGUAUUCGCCAGAGACAGAUGAUGGAUAUGACAUCCAAAAAUACUUCCCAACAGCGGAUCAUGGAUCAAUUUUGAUUACCUCUCGGCUCCAAUCACUGACUGAAGUCGGACGAUCUUUUGCCGUGCCAACUUUAGAUAAUAACGAGGCUAUUUUACUGCUUUGGCAGAGCAGGAAUCUGCGCACUCCAGAAAUUAUAACCGAGAACGAGGUAGAUCAAGAUACCAACGAUCUGAUCGAUCGUCUGGGAGGAUUACCAUUAGCGAUCACUAUUGCAGGCGCAUUCAUGCGUGAAACGGGAACUAGCAUUAGAGAAUACCUGCAGUAUUAUCAGAAGUCGUGGCACGCUCUACAAUUGCGUGCCAGGCCAACUCGUCAUUAUCGACAAGGCAAUCUACUACAGACAUGGCUGAUCUCAUACAACGAGAUCCAGAAACGAGAUGCUCACGUGGCCGAACUCAUGCUUCUUCUUGCACACUUUAAUAAUCGAGAUAUCUGGUAUGAACUAGUGAAAGGCAACAUACGGACUCUGAUACAGUUCUCUCUGAUUGAGGUUAAUCAACAGAGCGACAGCUAUAGUAUACACCCGGUCGUACAGGACUGGUGUCUGAAUAUGGCUCAGAUUGACGGUCAUGAAUUGAACAGUCACUGGUAUGAAUUAGCACUCAUUGCUAUUAGUUCUACAGUGCCCAGCUCGGAUACGCGAGAUUAUUGGAGGCUACAACAGCGAUUACUGGUUCAUGCAGACUUCGUGCGACAGGCUUUGAAGAGUGAUCUCCUGACAGACAAUGUCGGAGUCUGGGAUGCACUGCACAUCCUUGGAAAUCUCUACUUUGAUCAGGGCAAACUCCAGGACGCAGAAAUGAUGUAUCAGCGAGCCUUAGUAGGUAAAGAGAAAGCACUAGGUCCAGGCCAUAUAUCCACAUUCAGUACUGUCAACAACCUUGGUCUUCUUUACUCUGAUCAGGGCAAAUUCAAGGAGGCAGAGAUGAUGUAUCAGCAAGCCUUCGCAGGCUAUGAGAAAGCACUCGGCCCAGAUCAUACAUCCACAUUGAGUACUGUCAACAACCUUGGAAAUCUCUACUUUGAUCAGGGCAAACUCCAGGACGCAGAGAUGAUGUAUCAGCGAGCCUUAGUAGGUAAAGAGAAAGCACUAGGCCCAGGCCACGUAUCCACGUUAGAUACUAUGAGCAACCUGGGAACUCUCUACUUCAAUCAAGGCAAACUCAAGAAGGCAGAAAUAAUAUUUCAGCGAGCCUUAGCAGGAUAUAAGAAGGCACUCGGCGCAGACCACACAUCCACAUUCAGUGCUGUCAACAAUCUUGGUCUUCUUUACUCUAAUGAAGGCAAACUCAAGGAGGCAGAAUUGAUGUAUCAGCAAGCCUUCACAGGGUAUGAGAAAGCACUAGGUCCAAACCACAGAGCUACCUUAGACACGGUCAACAAUCUCGGAAUCCUCUACAUAAGCCAGGGCAAAUUCAAGGAGGCGGAGAUGAUGUAUCAGCGAGCCUUAGCAGGCUAUAGGAAGGCACUCGGCCCAGACCAUAUAUCCACAUUCAGUACUGUCAACAACCUCGGUCUUCUUUACUCUGAUCAGGGCAAAUUCAAGGAGGCAGAGAUGAUGUAUCAACAAGCCUUCAUAGGUUAUAAAAAGGCACUAGGCCCAGACCACACAUCUACGUUGACUACAGUCUAUAACCUUGGAAAUCUCUACUUUGAUCAGGGCAAAUUUGAAGAUGCAGAGAUGAUGUAUCAGCAAGCCUUGAUAGGUAGAGAGAAGGUACUAGGCCUAGAUCAUACAUUAACCCUGGACACUAUCAAUAACCUUGGUCUUAUCUACUCUUAUCAGGACAAAUUCAAGGAGGCAGAGAUAAUAUAUCAGCGAGCCUUAGCAAUCAGGGAGAAGACAUUAGGCCCGGACCACACAUCCACAUUGAAAACUGUCUAUAGCCUUGGAAAUCUUUACGCAGAUCAGAGAAAACUGAAGGAGGCAGAGAUGAUGUAUCAGCGAGCUUUAGCAGGCUAUCAGAAAGCUCAUGGUCCAGACCAUUACUGGACCAAAGAGAUUGCAGAAGCGUUGAGAACAUUGACUACCGUUCUAUCCUGGCUCUAG